AAAGACCAAGGAAACCGAAAGAGAGAGAGAGAGAGAGAGAGAGAGGAGGGAAUCUUUCACCGAGAUCAUGGCUGCUUUGGAUUUUCGAUUCUUAUAGGGUUUUUCCGACACUCUUGUGGUUUCCCUUCGAUUCUUCCUACUUGCCCGACAUCUUCUUCUUCACAGGAAAGUAAAGCUUCGGAUUUGUGUGUUGAGAACCUGUUUAUCAGUGCGUCUCCUUUCUUCAUUGAUUUCUUCGAGUUUCGGAGUGGAAAACAAUGAAGACUUCUCUGAGGAAGCUGAGAGGAUUCGCUUCCCUUCACAAGAACGCGGAUCUCAAGGAGAAAAGAGAUUAUGGAGUUCCUGCCCGCCAGGACGAGCUUCUCCAGGCCUCCCAGGAUGUGAUAGAAAUGAGGAAUUGCUAUGAUAGCUUGCUUUCUGCGGCUGCUGCCACGGCAAAUAGUGCUUAUGAAUUCUCUGAAGCUCUGCGAGAGAUGGGUACUUGCCUCCUUGAAAAAACUUCAUUGAAUGAUGAUGAAGAAAGUAGUAGGGUUUUGUUAAUCCUGGGGAAAGCUCAGUUUGAACUACAAAAACUUGUUGAUAGCUAUCGUGUUCACAUCAUCCAGACAAUUACAACACCAUCAGAAUCUCUUCUCAAGGAACUUCAAACUGUAGAGGAGAUGAAACGCCAAUGUGAUGACAAAAGAGAUCUGUAUAAAUUUAUUCUAGCGGCACAGAGGGAGAAAGGAAGGACAAGACAUGGCAAAGGAGAAAGUUUCGAGUCACAGCAGUUGCAGGCUGCUCGAGAUGAUUACGAAGAGGAGGCCAAUCUUUUUGUCUUUAGGUUGAAAUCAUUAAAGCAGGGACAGUCUCGCAGUCUUCUGACACAGGCUGCUCGACACCAUGCUGCUCAGUUAAAUUUCUUUAGAAAGGGAGUAAAAUCACUCGAGAUGCUUGAACCACAUGUUAAAGUUGUUGCUGAACAACAGCAUAUUGAUUAUGAUUUUAUUGGACUUGAGGAUGACGACACAGAGGAUGAUGAAGAUAGUGAUUGUGGGUAUGAUGGCAAUGAUGAUGGCGAAUUGAGCUUUGACUAUAGCCACAUUGAACAUAUUCAAGAUGUUGGUUCAACAAACAGGAAGUCAAUGGAGUUAGAUCAAGGCAACGUGAAUGGAACAACAUCUGCCACAUCUGGUACACAGUUAGUGUCAGAGAAAAGCCAUGGGGAUUUGCUGUCUUUUGCUAGGGAACCUACGACUGGCAGCCAGUCUGCACCGAUCUUACCUGAGAAGAAGUUUGAACUGUCUGAAAGAAUCAAACAAAUACCAGCUUCAUCUCCAAUGAGAUUUCAUACUUAUGUUCUUCCUACACCUGUAGAUGCUAGGAAUUCAGUCUCUGCGGCUAGGCCAGAUAACAAGGGUCAGUGGCCUAAACAAUUGUGGCAUUCCUCCCCAUUGGAGCCAAAUAAACCUGCAGAAGGUUUAAAAGAUGAACUUUCAAGCCCCAAAAAGUUACAUAUUUCUCACGCAGUGCUCAAAGAUAGGAACAUAAAGAGUGGUCAAAUCCAAUUGCCCCCUCCUGUUGAGAGGUUAAUAUUGCCGCAGUCAAAGUACAAUAGUGGAGUUUCUGAUAGCAAAAAAAUUAAAAGGCAAGCUUUCUCUGGUCCUCUGAUUGGUAAAUCUUUGUCAAGUAAUCCCAGGUUAUUUUCUGAGACUAUUCAGCCAGCAGAUUAUCCUCCUGGACCUUCUUUCACAGCAGGGCGCGUUCCAUCACCUCAGUUGUCCUUGUCCCCUUCAGCCUCGCCUUUUCCUAUGCUAUCAUCAGAAGUUAAUGAACUUCAUGAGCUUCCUAGGCCUCCAAUAAUUUCAGCAAGACCUGUGAGAACAUCUAGUUUGGUUGGUCAUUCGGGGCCACUUGUGACAAGAAGUCAAGGGCUUUAUGCAACAAGUGCAAUGUUAUCAAAUACAGCAUCGCCAUUACCAACACCACCUCCAGUUAUGGCUCGAAGUUUUUCUAUACCCUCUAGCGUUCAAAGAUCAGGAACUCUAACAAUGGCUAACUUUCUUGAGGACAGUCACAAUGCGGAGGUGUUUGAUGAGGUUUCUUCACCGCCACUUACAUUGAUCUCUCUCGCAAAUAACCAUCCACCGAAGGAUCCAAAUAAAAUGCUCUUGGUUCCAAGCUAUAAGGGCUCCUAUGAUUGAAAUAAAACUCUGGUCUAAGUGUCAGAAUCCCUCAGAAGUAACCGUGGUUUGUGUAUAUAGUAAUCUGUUCAUUCUUAAUUUUCCUCCCGAAAUCUUUUCUUGCUACGCAUUAAAUGGAAAUGCAAAUGUCAUCAGUCCAUCAGGUGAUAUUGUUAAUUGAAAUAUGCUUGUUAUUCAUCAAUGAAAUUUUUUGUUUCCACUUUACUCCCCCGACACACUGGUUCUCAUUAGUAUGAUUUAGAUUUCAUUUGGAA